CCGGGCACCAUGGCGGUGGCCAAGGAGCUCUUGCAGAUGGACUUGUACGCGCUGCUGGGCAUCGAGGAGAAGGCGGCGGAUAAAGAGGUAAAGAAGGCGUACAGACAGAAGGCCCUCUCCUGCCACCCAGACAAGAAUCCUGACAAUCCCAGAGCAGCGGAACUCUUCCACCAGCUUUCUCAGGCCUUGGAGGUACUGACAGAUGCUGCAGCCAGGGCUGCCUAUGACAAGGUCAGGAAAGCCAAGAAGCAGGCAGCAGAGAGGACCCAGAAACUCGAUGAGAGGAGGAAGAAAGUGAAGUUGGACCUAGAGGCCCGGGAACGACUGGCCCAGACCCUUGGUAGCGAGAAGGAGGAGGAGGAGGGCCGGAGCACCAGGACACUGGAGCAAGAGAUCGAACGCCUGCGAGAAGAGGGUUCCCGGCAGCUGCAGGAACAGCAGAGACUGAUCCAGGAGCAGCUACGCCAGGAGCGCGAACAGAGGCUGAAAGGGAAGGCAGAAGAUCCUGAAGGCAAAGGGACCCCCAAGCUGAAGCUAAAAUGGAAAUGCAAGAAGGAGGACGAGUCACAGGGCGGCUACUCCAGAGAUGUGCUCCUGCGGCUUCUGCAGAAGUAUGGAGAGGUGCUUAACCUGGUACUUUCCAGUAAGAGGCCCGGCACUGCCUUAGUGGAGUUCGCCACUGUCAAGGCUGCGGAGCUGGCUGUCCAGAAUGAAGUGGGCCUGAUUGACAACCCUUUGAAGAUUUCCUGGUUGGAAGGACAGCCACAGAGCACAGCAGGCCCCAGCCACCCAGGCCUGUCACAGGGCUCAGCGGUGUCUGAGAGGGACUAUGAGAGCCUGGUCAUGAUGCGACUGCGCCAGGCGGCUGAGCGGCAGCAGCUGAUGGCCCGGAUGAAGCAGGAGGAUGAGGCAGGGCAGCUCACCUAGCCCCUCCGCCCUUUUCUUCAGCUUCGCCAAUAAAUAUUUCUCAUGGUU